AUGCCAGAUUUUUUAGGCUCAUCCGUGGUCGUUCCCGGCUCCCAGCGAGUCACUGGUGUGUUGAAAUAUGUGGGUUCGAUCCGCGGCAAGACCGGUAUGUUCGGAGGCAUCGAAUUGCUGGGCCCUCUGGCCUCGGUCCGUGGCAAAAACAGCGGCGAAGUCGACGGUGUACAGUAUUUUGACGUGUCGGAACCGAUGACCGGGUUGUUCAUGCCGUGGGACCGGCUCCGGGCGGCGAACCCAUCGUUGCCGGCCGCAGACCGCUUGAAAUCGCGGCCUCUGAGCCUGAAACGGGCGUCCGUUUGCACGCCCACCCCGCCCCGCCGCAGCAGUCCGAGCCCACCACCCGGUGUGAGUGCCGAAGCGGCCGAGCUCCGGGCCAAGCUUGACGCGAAAUCACGCGAGAGUGACCGCAAGGAGGCCAUUUUGCUCGAGUUACAGGCCACUGUCGACCAACUACAUCCGGUGCUCGAAGACUACGAGCGCAACCUUGAAGAAAAAGACAGAAAGUUGAAGAAACAGAAGAACGACUACGAUCGGGCACGCGAGGAGUGGCGCCUGAGCCUCGAUUUGAUGCUCAGCUCGCAGCAGGAGGCCGAGAACUUGUACGAAAUGCAAAUCAGCGAUUUAAAAGAGGAGAUUCAGGCGCUUGCAUCUGCCAAGAUGGUUGAGUCUUUGCACAAGCAGGAAAUGGCCGAUUUGCAGGAGGAAUUCAAACAGUCGCAAGCGAAAAACUCCCAGAUUGAAAUAGAAUUACACGCUCUCCAGGAGAAAUUGGCCAGCUUCGAGCUGAAGGCAGCAGGGCCGGAAACCGAUGAGUCGAAUGCCAAGCCAUACACUAGCGAGUCAACGGAUGCGUUGAGUUUACAGGCGUCCAACGGAUCGUUGCCGAUAUACAAACCCGCAAUUGAGCUUGAUCCCAGUCAGGGCCGCGACGAUUGGUGCGGAUUGUGUGAGCGUGAUGGACACGACAGCUUGAACUGCCCGUACGAAAACGACAUGUUUUGA